AUGCUGCGCAUCCGCAUGCUCUCUGGGGAAGAGGUGAGCAUGCCUCUAGAGGAGGUGAGCUGCGUGAGGGAAGCGAAGCGGCGAUUGCAUCACGUGCACGGCCUGUUACUCCUCCACGGCACCAAUCUGGAUGAUGCUGACGAGCUGGGCUCUCCCCUGGAGCUCCACCUCGUUCUGCUCUCUUUCGCCGGCACUUCCCAGACACAGGCAAACGAUCUCGUAGCUGCCGCCAGAGCUGGCUCCGUGGACAAGGUUGAGGCCAUGCUGCGUCUCCCUCAAGAUCCGAAUCUGGCAGACGAAGAUGAUCGGAGGCCAAUCUUAGAGGCGUCUGGAGGAGGCCACGUCGAAGUCGUGCGACUGCUGGUGGAGGCCGGCGCCGACAAGGACGUGCCCGACGUAGAUGGUUGCACAGCCCUGAGUUUGGCAGCAGCGGAAGUCGGCUGCAUUGAGGUGGUUCGGUUGCUGGUGGAGGCCGGCGCCGACAAGGACCUGGCUGACAACAAUGGCAACAGAGCCCUGAUGUGGGCAGCUAUUCGUGGCAACACCGAGGUGGCGCAUUUGCUGGUGGAGGCCGGUGCCGACAAGGACCUGGCCUCCAAUGGAGGCUACACAGCCUUGAUGUCGGCAGCUGCAAUCGGCCACAGGAAGCUGGUGCGGUUGCUGGAGGAGGCGCCAGAAUCGGCACCCUUUGUGUCAGGGACCGGUCGAACCGACUCAGCCGCCAGCAAGCGGCGAAGGAUCUCUUAG